AUGCGCAGACUCAGUUCCUGGAGAAAGAUGGCGACAGCCGAGAAGCAGAAACACGACGGGCGGGUGAAGAUCGGCCACUACAUCCUGGGUGACACGCUGGGGGUCGGCACCUUCGGCAAAGUGAAGGUUGGCAAGCAUGAAUUGACUGGGCAUAAAGUUGCUGUGAAGAUACUCAAUCGACAGAAGAUUCGGAGCCUUGAUGUGGUAGGAAAAAUCCGCAGAGAAAUUCAGAACCUCAAGCUUUUCAGGCAUCCUCAUAUAAUUAAACUGUACCAGGUCAUCAGUACACCAUCUGAUAUUUUCAUGGUGAUGGAAUAUGUCUCAGGAGGAGAGCUAUUUGAUUAUAUCUGUAAGAAUGGAAGGCUGGAUGAAAAAGAAAGUCGACGUCUGUUCCAACAGAUCCUUUCUGGUGUGGAUUAUUGUCACAGGCAUAUGGUAGUCCAUAGAGAUUUGAAACCUGAAAAUGUCCUGCUUGAUGCACACAUGAAUGCAAAGAUAGCCGAUUUUGGUCUUUCAAACAUGAUGUCAGAUGGUGAAUUUUUAAGAACAAGUUGUGGCUCACCCAACUAUGCUGCACCAGAAGUAAUUUCAGGAAGAUUGUAUGCAGGCCCAGAGGUAGAUAUAUGGAGCAGUGGGGUUAUUCUCUAUGCUUUAUUAUGUGGAACCCUUCCAUUUGAUGAUGACCAUGUGCCAACUCUUUUUAAGAAGAUAUGUGAUGGGAUCUUCUAUACCCCUCAAUAUUUAAAUCCUUCUGUCAUUAGCCUUUUGAAACAUAUGCUGCAGGUGGAUCCCAUGAAGAGGGCCACAAUCAAAGAUAUCAGGGAACAUGAAUGGUUUAAACAGGACCUUCCAAAGUAUCUCUUUCCUGAGGAUCCAUCAUAUAGUUCAACCAUGAUUGACGAUGAAGCCUUAAAAGAAGUAUGUGAAAAGUUUGAGUGCUCAGAAGAGGAAGUUCUCAGCUGUCUUUAUAACAGAAAUCACCAGGAUCCUUUGGCAGUUGCAUACCAUCUCAUAAUAGAUAACAGGAGAAUAAUGAAUGAAGCCAAAGAUUUCUAUUUGGCGACAAGCCCACCUGAUUCUUUUCUUGAUGAUCAUCACCUGUCUCGGCCCCAUCCUGAAAGAGUACCAUUCUUGGUUGCUGAAACACCAAGGGCACGCCAUACCCUUGAUGAAUUAAAUCCGCAGAAGUCCAAACACCAAGGUGUAAGGAAAGCAAAAUGGCAUUUAGGAAUUAGAAGUCAAAGUCGUCCAAAUGAUAUUAUGGCAGAAGUAUGUAGAGCAAUUAAACAAUUGGAUUAUGAAUGGAAGGUUGUAAACCCAUAUUAUUUGCGUGUACGAAGGAAGAAUCCUGUGACAAGCACUUACUCCAAAAUGAGUCUACAGUUAUACCAGGUGGAUAGUAGAACUUACCUACUGGAUUUCCGUAGUAUUGAUGAUGAAAUUACAGAAGCCAAAUCAGGGACUGCUACUCCACAGAGAUCGGGAUCAGUUAGCAACUAUCGAUCUUGCCAAAGGAGUGAUUCAGAUGCUGAGGCUCAAGGAAAAUCCUCAGAAGUUUCUCUUACCUCAUCUGUGACCUCACUUGACUCUUCUCCUGUUGACCUAACUCCAAGACCUGGAAGUCACACAAUAGAAUUUUUUGAGAUGUGUGCAAAUCUAAUUAAAAUUCUUGCACAAUAAACAGAAAACUUUGCUUAUUUCUUUUGUAGCAAUAAGCAUGCAUAAUAAGUCAUAGCCAAAUGCUUCCAUUUGUAAUCAAGUUAUACAUAAUUAUAACUGAGGGCUGGCGUUUUGAAAUGCAAUUUGCACAGGGAUUGGAACAUGAUUUAUAGUUAAAAGCUAAUAUGCAGAAAUGAAUUAAGAUCAUUUUGUUGUUCAUUGUGCAGUACAUAUAUAGCAUAAUAUACACAGUGAAUUAUAGGUCUCUCAGGCUCACCUGAUUUUUGGCUAUUUUAUAUUUAGUGUACACAGGGCUUUGAAAAUAUUAAUUUACAUAAAGGCCUUCAUAUAUUAUUACAUGUUAUAUAUUUGCUUCAUAAAUUUAUUCAAUAAAUAUUUGCCUAGAAUUC